GCAUGCGUGGGCGCGCGUGCGCAGCGCCUCUGUCUGUGGGUUGGCUGGUUAUUUUGCAAACGGGAGGGGCCGUGCGCGCUCUUGCCUCCAGCCUCUGUCCCCCCACCCCCCCUUCCCUGGUCCCGGUCUGUCCUUCGGAAAGAUGUCUGACACGGCAGUAGCUGACACUCGGCGCCUUAACUCGAAGCCGCAGGACCUGACCGACGCUUACGGGCCGCCAAGUAACUUCCUGGAGAUCGACAUCUUUAAUCCACAGACAGUGGGCGUGGGCCGCGCGCGCUUCACCACCUAUGAGGUUCGCAUGCGGACAAACCUACCUAUCUUCAAGCUGAAAGAGUCCUGUGUACGGCGGCGCUACAGUGACUUUGAGUGGCUAAAAAAUGAGCUGGAACGUGAUAGUAAGAUUGUAGUACCACCACUACCUGGGAAAGCCUUGAAGCGGCAGCUCCCUUUCAGAGGAGAUGAAGGGAUCUUUGAGGAGUCUUUUAUUGAAGAAAGGAGGCAGGGCCUGGAACAGUUUAUUAACAAAAUUGCUGGGCACCCACUGGCUCAGAAUGAACGCUGCCUACACAUGUUCCUGCAGGAGGAGGCAAUUGACAGGAACUACGUCCCCGGGAAGGUGCGCCAGUAGGAGCCCCUCUCAACACUUGCCCUCUACUUUCCUGCUGAAAUGACAUUGAUUUUUACACUAAGCCUCUCUUUCUCUUUGAUCUGAAGUUGGCUGUCCAUCCCCUGGCCUGAUAGACUGUCUGGCAUUGUGCCCCUUGGUACCUGACUACACCAUGUGGGCACUUUGCUAGGAUCUUCUCUGAGGAGAAGUGGGAAACCACAGGCAGAUGCCCUUUGCUUGGGGUUGGGUGGGUGAGUGGGGGAGUGGACUGGAAGGCAAUUUCUUGGGCAUUUACCCGUGCCAGAAGGCUAACCUUGGGGAGGGGAGGUGUGCUAGGAGGCCCUUGUAUGCAUACUGAUGCUGCAAGUGCAGGGGAUUUUUCUUAUUCUUAGGUUUAACCAGGACUGCUGAGCAGGGAAAAUCCUUGUCUUUCUGCAUGAACUGUUUUUCCUUUUGGGAAGGUGGUAGAGACUCAAAAGCCCUUCUUGUUUUCUCUAGGUCUGCUCCCAGUUUUCUUAAUAGUUUCUUUUGUUCCUUUCUCUCUCUCCCUUGUUGCUUUUUAUGGCAGUAAUUCUUCUAGAGUCUAAGCAGUCUGCUGUGUGGAGCAAGGUGUGUGGGCUUUCUAGGCCCACCAUGAUGGCAGCUGCAGAGUCAAAAGAAAGCCAUAAGGCAGUAGGGGAUCUCCUAUUGCCUAGCCUCUCUCCUUUUGUGGCUGGCUCCCUACUCUGGCUGCCUAUUUUUGCUCACCAGCUGAUGAGUCAGUAUGGGCCAGCAGUUCUUCCUCUCCAACUUUAUGGGUUUGGUGGCUUGAGCGGUGGGGGUAACUCACCACUACCAGGUGACUCCCUGAAUUGUGGGAGUUCUAGGUUCCUUCAAGUGGUAGGGAAGAGCAUCACCAUUUUCCUUCUUCCAUUCUCCUUCUCUUAUCCCAUUUAGUGCUCUCCUAAGGGCAGAAGCACACAAACUAUACAUUCUCUGAUUUCUCCUAAGCACUUUGAGCUGUUGAAUGGGGCUCAAAGGCAAGAGUUGUUGCUUCCCUUCCCAGCUUGGUCACAGGGUUAUUGAGCUGCCUACAGUUGUUUGCCAUGGAACUCCAGCAUCAUCCUCAGAUGUUGAACUAGUGCUAGCAGCUGGGUAUGGAUUUCCUAAAUAUUAGGCUAACUCAGCUUCUUGAGGCUGGCAACUAUACUAGACUUUUGUCUGGGAGGUAUUGGUUUGUUUGCUGGGGCUUGCUAUACAUCCAAGUGGUGGUAUGAGAGCAAAUUAACUCUGGUGCUAGAUUAAAGUUGGGCUCUUUGCUUAGACUCCCUAUCAUGGAAGGAUUAGAGUUUUCUGUAUAGAUCCUUGGGGGAAAUGAUUACUGAUUCUGAUGUGACCCUGAUCAGAGAGAUUAGAGUUAGAUUUUGACAUAGGAUUUAGAACCCAUUUAAAUGUCGAUGUUCCCUGAGACAGAUCAGCCUUCUACCUGCCAAGGCCAUGCCAGGGGCCGAGCAGCCCUUAGAGAGAGAUUCUGCUCCCUUUCCCACUUCACCAGUGUUGGUGUUGUUGCUGCCUUUUUGAUUUGUAUCCUCUGCUAUAGACUUUUAAAAAAAAUAUUUCUUCUUUUCAUUGUGCACAAGUGCUGAGAGUCUGAGGCCCCAUUUCUGCUGUGUAUAUAUCCUGAUUCGGGGCUUUUAUUCAGCAAACUGUUCAUUCUUGUCAGACGAUGUCAUAUUCAACUCUGUUCAUAUUAAACCACUGUGAAGCAA